AUGGCUUCGACUAAAGGAACAGACAAAGUUCUCGAGAAGAUUCAAGAGUCACUCAACAAUAAAAACUAUUAUGAAGCACAUCAAAUGUACCGUACCGUUUGCAGACGCUUAAUAAAACAGAAACAAUAUGAUAAAGCUAUCGAUGUUUUGUACUCUGGAGCGCAGUCCCUGUUGGAGCAUAAGCAAAGUGGAAGUGGGACUGAUCUUUCUUUGUAUUUGAUUGAUGCAUAUUUAGCAGAAGAAUUAAGUGUUAAUGAUGAAUCAAGAGAUCGAAUAAUUAAAUUGCUGGAACUUUUCCCGCAUGAUGAACCCGGUCGAAAACGAUUCAUUGAUGCAGCUAUAAGUUGGUCGAUUAAAACUGGUGAUAGUCCAGCUGGUGACCCCGCGUUGCAUCAUUAUGUGGCGGAAUUACUUUGGAAAGACAAAAUUUAUCAAGAAGCGGAACCACACUUUCUUGCGGGUACAUCUGCUAGUAGCGCGUCAUAUGGUAAAAUGUUGGCAGAAUGGUCGAGCCAAGAUGAUCCAAGUAAACGGGGGGCUUAUCUCGCCCGUGCCGUAUUACAAUACUUAUGUUUACGAAGCAUUCGCGACGCAAAAAUAGCAUUUGACAGUUUUGUUGCAGAAAUCUUAUCUAAAAAUCCAGGCCUAGCAACCGACACCGUUUCCUAUCGCCCAACGUUGACCGGUGACUCGAUCGAAAUAACCAUCUAUGAUAACGCCCCACUGAUUAAUUUCCUGCAGCUUUUAAUUUUGAUGGUACAACGUGAUGCGCCAGAUUUGUUUACUGCUUUACGUAAUAAAUAUAAAGAUUGUUUGGCAAUUGAGCCUUCUUUUGAAGAUCUUUUAAAUAGAAUCGGAGAAGUGUUCUUCAAUAUACAAGUGCAGCGACCACAACAACUGAGCUUUUUACAAGAUCUAAUGAGCAGUUUGUUUUCACAGCCCGGGGUUCCUGGUGGUAGCCGCACUAGUUCAAGUACUAUAGUUGGUGGCACAUCGUCAACUUCUGCAAAUAUUAAAGCUAAUCAGUCAUCAGAAUUAGAUUAA